CCUCCGCCCCCGACCCAAGCUCUUUCGUCUGCCUGCCAGUUUCCUGCGUCCCCGGAGAGUAUCCUGCUGAGCCCAGCCUCCCCCCCUUCCCCUUCUCCUCCUCUCCCUUGGAGAGCCCGGGCAGGCACUGCCCCGUAGCCCAGUGACAGGAGGAGACCAUACCCCCCGACAGCGCCAUGGCCCAGAUUCUGCCAAUUCGUUUUCAGGAGCAUCUCCAGCUCCAGAACCUGGGUAUCAACCCAGCAAACAUUGGCUUCAGUACCCUGACUAUGGAGUCAGACAAAUUCAUCUGUAUUAGAGAAAAAGUAGGAGAACAGGCCCAGGUGGUAAUCAUUGAUAUGAAUGAUCCCAGUAAUCCAAUUCGAAGACCAAUCUCAGCAGACAGUGCCAUCAUGAAUCCUGCCAGCAAAGUGAUUGCGUUAAAAGCUGCUAAAACUCUUCAAAUAUUUAACAUUGAAAUGAAAAGUAAAAUGAAGGCCCACACCAUGACUGAUGAUGUCACCUUCUGGAAAUGGAUCUCCUUGAAUACGGUUGCUCUUGUUACGGAUAAUGCAGUUUAUCACUGGAGUAUGGAAGGAGAGUCUCAGCCAGUGAAAAUGUUUGAUCGUCAUUCUAGCCUUGCAGGAUGCCAGAUUAUCAAUUACCGUACAGAUGCGAAGCAGAAGUGGCUGCUUCUGACGGGCAUAUCUGCACAGCAAAAUCGUGUGGUUGGAGCUAUGCAGCUCUACUCUGUAGAUAGGAAGGUGUCUCAGCCUAUUGAAGGACAUGCAGCUAGCUUUGCACAGUUUAAGAUGGAAGGAAACGCAGAAGAAUCAACAUUAUUUUGUUUUGCUGUACGGGGUCAGGCAGGAGGGAAGUUGCAUAUCAUUGAAGUUGGUACACCACCCACAGGGAACCAGCCCUUCCCAAAGAAGGCAGUAGAUGUUUUCUUUCCUCCAGAAGCACAAAAUGACUUUCCUGUUGCAAUGCAGAUAAGUGAAAAGCAUGAUGUGGUGUUCUUGAUUACCAAGUAUGGUUAUAUCCACCUCUAUGAUCUUGAGACUGGCACAUGCAUCUACAUGAACAGAAUCAGUGGAGAAACGAUCUUCGUUACUGCACCUCAUGAAGCCACAGCUGGAAUAAUAGGAGUCAACAGAAAGGGACAAGUUCUGUCAGUUUGUGUGGAAGAAGAAAACAUAAUUCCUUACAUCACCAAUGUCCUACAAAAUCCUGAUUUGGCUCUGAGAAUGGCUGUGCGCAACAACUUAGCUGGUGCUGAAGAACUCUUUGCCCGGAAAUUUAACGCUCUUUUCGCCCAAGGAAACUACUCAGAGGCUGCAAAGGUGGCUGCUAAUGCACCAAAGGGAAUCCUUCGUACUCCAGACACCAUCCGUCGAUUCCAGAGUGUCCCAGCUCAGCCAGGUCAAACUUCACCUCUCCUUCAGUACUUUGGAAUCCUUUUGGACCAGGGCCAGCUGAACAAAUAUGAAUCCUUAGAGUUGUGUAGACCUGUACUUCAGCAAGGGCGAAAACAGCUUUUGGAGAAAUGGUUGAAAGAAGAUAAGCUGGAAUGUUCUGAAGAACUGGGUGAUCUUGUAAAAUCUGUGGACCCAACAUUGGCACUUAGCGUGUACCUCAGGGCCAAUGUCCCGAAUAAAGUCAUCCAGUGCUUUGCAGAGACAGGUCAAGUCCAGAAGAUUGUUUUAUAUGCUAAAAAAGUUGGAUACACUCCAGACUGGAUCUUUCUCCUGAGAAAUGUUAUGCGCAUCAGUCCAGAUCAGGGACAGCAGUUUGCUCAAAUGUUAGUUCAGGACGAAGAGCCUCUUGCUGAUAUCACACAGAUUGUAGAUGUCUUUAUGGAAUACAAUCUAAUCCAGCAAUGUACCGCCUUCUUACUUGACGCUUUGAAGAACAAUCGCCCCUCUGAAGGUCCUUUACAGACACGUUUGCUUGAGAUGAACCUUAUGCACGCACCUCAGGUUGCAGAUGCUAUUCUAGGUAAUCAGAUGUUCACCCACUAUGACCGGGCUCAUAUUGCCCAGCUGUGUGAAAAGGCGGGCCUACUGCAGCGUGCAUUAGAACACUUCACCGAUUUGUAUGAUAUAAAACGUGCCGUUGUUCAUACCCAUCUUCUUAACCCUGAGUGGCUAGUGAAUUACUUUGGCUCCUUAUCAGUUGAAGACUCCCUAGAAUGUCUCAGAGCCAUGCUGUCUGCCAAUAUUCGUCAAAAUCUACAGAUUUGUGUUCAAGUGGCUUCUAAGUAUCACGAACAACUAUCAACUCAGUCUCUGAUUGAACUCUUUGAAUCAUUCAAGAGUUUUGAAGGUCUCUUUUAUUUUCUGGGAUCCAUUGUUAACUUUAGUCAGGACCCAGAUGUGCACUUUAAAUACAUUCAAGCAGCUUGCAAGACUGGGCAGAUCAAAGAAGUGGAAAGAAUCUGCAGAGAAAGCAACUGCUAUGAUCCUGAGCGAGUUAAGAAUUUUCUCAAGGAGGCAAAACUAACAGAUCAGUUGCCACUUAUCAUCGUCUGUGAUCGAUUUGACUUUGUCCAUGACCUGGUGCUGUAUUUAUAUAGAAACAACCUUCAGAAGUAUAUAGAGAUAUAUGUCCAGAAGGUAAAUCCAAGUCGACUCCCCGUGGUUAUUGGAGGGUUGCUUGAUGUUGACUGCUCAGAAGAUGUUAUUAAAAAUUUGAUUCUCGUUGUGAGAGGUCAAUUCUCUACUGAUGAGCUUGUGGCUGAAGUUGAAAAAAGAAACAGAUUGAAGCUGCUUCUACCUUGGCUUGAGGCCAGAAUUCAUGAGGGCUGUGAGGAACCUGCUACUCACAAUGCAUUAGCCAAAAUAUACAUCGACAGUAAUAACAACCCUGAAAGGUUUCUUCGUGAAAACCCCUAUUAUGACAGUCGUGUUGUUGGAAAGUAUUGUGAGAAGAGAGACCCACAUCUGGCUUGCGUCGCUUAUGAACGUGGCCAGUGUGACCUGGAACUCAUCAAUGUUUGCAAUGAGAAUUCCCUGUUCAAAAGUCUUUCCCGCUACUUGGUCCGUCGAAAAGAUCCAGAAUUGUGGGGUAGUGUGCUACUGGAAAGCAAUCCAUACAGAAGACCACUAAUUGACCAGGUUGUACAGACAGCCUUGUCUGAAACUCAGGACCCAGAAGAGGUGUCAGUAACUGUGAAGGCUUUUAUGACAGCAGAUCUUCCUAAUGAACUCAUUGAACUGCUGGAGAAAAUUGUCCUUGAUAACUCUGUAUUCAGUGAACACAGGAAUCUGCAAAACCUCCUCAUCCUCACUGCAAUUAAGGCUGACCGAACACGUGUUAUGGAGUAUAUUAACCGCCUGGAUAAUUAUGAUGCUCCAGAUAUUGCCAAUAUUGCCAUCAGCAAUGAGCUGUUUGAAGAAGCAUUUGCUAUUUUCCGGAAGUUUGAUGUCAAUACUUCAGCUGUUCAGGUCUUAAUUGAACAUAUUGGAAACUUGGAUCGUGCAUAUGAGUUUGCUGAACGCUGCAAUGAACCUGCUGUUUGGAGUCAACUUGCAAAAGCUCAGUUGCAGAAAGGAAUGGUGAAGGAAGCCAUUGAUUCAUACAUCAAAGCAGAUGAUCCUUCAUCCUACAUGGAAGUUGUUCAGGCUGCCAAUACUAGUGGAAACUGGGAAGAACUGGUGAAGUAUUUGCAAAUGGCCCGAAAGAAGGCUCGAGAAUCCUAUGUUGAAACAGAAUUGAUAUUUGCGCUGGCUAAAACAAAUCGCCUUGCAGAAUUAGAAGAGUUCAUCAAUGGGCCAAAUAAUGCUCAUAUUCAGCAAGUUGGUGACCGUUGUUAUGAUGAAAAAAUGUAUGAUGCUGCUAAGCUGUUGUACAAUAAUGUUUCUAACUUUGGACGCUUGGCAUCUACCCUUGUUCACCUUGGUGAAUAUCAGGCAGCAGUUGAUGGUGCUAGAAAAGCUAAUAGUACUCGAACAUGGAAGGAGGUCUGCUUUGCCUGUGUAGAUGGGAAAGAAUUCCGUCUUGCUCAGAUGUGUGGACUUCAUAUUGUAGUACAUGCAGAUGAAUUAGAGGAACUUAUCAACUACUAUCAGGAUCGUGGAUAUUUUGAAGAACUCAUUACCAUGUUGGAGGCAGCCUUGGGACUAGAACGAGCUCACAUGGGAAUGUUUACCGAACUAGCUAUUUUGUAUUCUAAAUUCAAGCCACAGAAAAUGAGGGAACACCUGGAGUUGUUCUGGUCGAGAGUGAAUAUUCCUAAGGUGCUGAGAGCUGCAGAACAAGCCCACCUUUGGGCAGAGCUGGUGUUCCUGUAUGACAAGUAUGAAGAGUAUGAUAAUGCCAUAAUCACCAUGAUGAACCAUCCCACUGAUGCAUGGAAGGAAGGGCAGUUCAAAGACAUCAUCACCAAGGUGGCCAAUGUGGAGCUGUACUACAGAGCAAUCCAGUUCUACUUAGAAUUCAAGCCUCUGUUGUUAAAUGACUUGCUUAUGGUGCUGUCUCCACGGUUGGAUCACACUCGUGCUGUCAAUUAUUUCAGCAAGGUUAAACAGCUACCACUGGUGAAACCAUAUUUACGCUCAGUUCAGAACCACAACAACAAAUCUGUGAAUGAGUCACUGAACAACCUCUUUAUUACAGAAGAAGAUUACCAGGCUCUACGAACAUCAAUAGAUGCUUAUGACAACUUUGACAAUAUCUCACUUGCUCAGCGUUUGGAAAAACAUGAACUCAUUGAAUUCAGAAGAAUUGCUGCUUAUCUCUUCAAAGGCAACAAUCGCUGGAAACAGAGCGUAGAGCUGUGCAAGAAAGACAGCCUUUACAAGGACGCGAUGCAGUAUGCCUCUGAAUCUAAAGAUACAGAAUUGGCUGAAGAACUCCUACAGUGGUUUUUGCAGGAAGAAAAAAGAGAGUGCUUCGGGGCUUGUCUCUUUACCUGUUAUGAUCUUUUAAGGCCAGAUGUCGUCCUGGAAACGGCAUGGAGGCACAAUAUCAUGGAUUUUGCCAUGCCCUAUUUCAUCCAGGUCAUGAAGGAAUAUUUGACCAAGGUUGAUGCAAUAAAGGAAAAGGUCAGCCCCAGCUGAUGCUAACAGCAGGACCCAGUGUGGCAGUCCCUCCCCAGGCACCUUUUGGUUAUGGUUACACUGCACCACCAUAUGGGCAGCCACAGCCUGGCUUUGGGUACAGCAUGUGAAAUGGAAGCUGAUGCUGUCGUCUCUGUUUUCAUACUGAAGCAUCGUCUACCCACCUCUCAGUUUAUAAACGGGGAAACCGGCCAUGUGUUCUUGUAACCUUUAUUUCAUGAAGGACUACUUUUUUGUUUCUAACUAUAGACUUGGAUCGUCUAUAUUAAAACCUUAUUUUCACAUUCCGCAUCAUUAGAACUUCUUUUCAAAGGGGAAUAGUAUUCAUGUGGGCUUUUUUCUUCCCCCUCAUUCUUUGAAGAACUGCUUACUAUUCAAUCUAUUGUGAAGAACCUGAUUUGCACUCUGUAGUGUUUAAAGAAACAAAGAAACUCUAAUAUUGAAUCUCUUAAAUUUAGUGUAUGUAAACAGCUUUCAGUAUGUAUUGUCUAAAUGCAUUUAAAUCUCUUUUAUUCAAAGAAAAGCUAAAGUGAAAAUACUGGUAUGUGACCAUGCAAGACUGUCAAUGCCAACAAAGACAACACUAAUCAGCAUAUUCUACAUUGGAUCACAGCGCUCUCCAAAUUAUUUGAAAAAUGCAUACAGACAACUUGCCUGAUUUUUAAAUGAGCAUAAAAGGCCCUUUAACCUAUGCAGGUUUCCCCAUUGCGCAUAUAGAAAAUGCUAGUGUGUUUUGCUCACUUCAUGUGUAACAGAUGCCCUCAUGUUGUGCUGUAUCCUGUGCUUUUUCUGUGGGACCAUUCCAUUCAGGAACAAAGAGCACCAUGAUUCCACACGUAUGUAUUUACUAACCCUUCCCUGAGGUUUAUGUUGGAUAUUGUGGUGUUUUAGAUCACUGAGUGUACAGAAGAGAGAAUUCAAACAAAAUAUUGUUGUUCUUCAGUUUUGUUUGUGGAAUUUGAAAUUACUCCAAUUUAAAAUAAAUUACUGGACUGUGGAAAUAACAUGUAGAAUUGCAGUUUUAAUUAAAUACAUCUCAAACCAGAA